UUAUGGCCUCUUAUUAUAAUUUGGCUUUAAGUUACUCCAUUACACAUCUUGUGGAAACCUUUUUGUUAGGAUUACUGGUUCCGCUGCUGCACCCAACAGGUGUUGGGAGGAAGAGAGGAGUGCUCUACUGAAACUACAAGAAAACAUGAUGAGUUCAAAUGGGGGACACUUGACCCUUUGGGAAGUCUAUAAUGAGACUGGUUUUUUGGAUUGUUGUUCAUGGCGUUGGGUAAAAUGCAACUUAACAACAGGUCGAGUGAUACAACUUAAUCUUAGAGCAGCAAGGCAAGGAUCAGCGGAUGGUUGGAGUUUUAAUGCCUCUCUGUUUCUUCCAUUCAAAUCACUACAAGUUCUUAUAUUGUCUGAGAAUUAUAUUACAGGGUGGAACAAAAAUGAAGGGUUCAACAAACUGUCAGAGUUGACCAACUUGAAAGUACUUGAUUUGCAGCACAAUUAUCUCCUCUUUCCAAAUGUUUUAUCAUCUUUGUGUUGGAUUUCAUCUCUUGAGGUUCUAGGAUUUAAUCGUGUCUUCGGAUCACAAAUGGGUGCAAUUGAAUUUCCUUCGUUGAAAAAUCGCUCUGCGCCUAUAGAUGAAGGCAUAACUAAGAAAUGUCCAGGGAUGAGCAAUUUAAGGGAACUCUUGGUGGCAGGAUAUGGAAUCAAUGACACCAGUUUCCUUUCUACACUGGGUUUUGGUACACUUACUGGACUAAGGAAUUUACAGAGACUCUAUUUGUCUAGCAAUGACUUCAAUUCCACCAUCUUUUCAUCUCUUAAACAUCUUCCAUCUCUCAAGCAUCUAGAUCUCAAAAACAAUGACAUUGUUGGAAAAAUUGAAACGAGUGAUAUAAUAGCCUUGAGCAAUUUGGAAUUUCUAGAUCUCCGGAGGAACAAUUUUGAGGGCUUUGUGACUACCAAAGGUAGUAGAAGAAUGAGUUCACUGCGGAAUAUACGACUUGGAAGUUCUAAGUCCAACUCGACCAACAUCUUACAAUCCUUAAAAUCAUUCUCAUCUCUCAAGAGACUUUCUUAUGAAUAUAGUGAUCUCAGUGCUUCUUCCACAACUUAUGCAAUAAGAAAUCUGAGCAAACUGGAGUACUUGAACUUGGAGGGAUCUUAUUUAAAUGAGAAUUUUCUCUCAAGCAUUGGACAAAUGGAUUCUCUUAAAGUGCUGAAUAUGGCUUUUGGUGGCAAUUAUGGCACCCUCCCUAAUCAAGGUUGGUGUGAGCUCAAAAACAUUCAAGAGGUGGCACUCAUUGUGAAUAGUUUUGAGGGAACAGUUCCUUCAUGUCUUGGGAACUUGACAUCACUUCGAUGGCUUAGCCUUGAUGGGAAUCGCUUCACUGGAAAUAUAGCCUCAUAUCCUCUUUGGAGAACACUCACAUCACUUGAGUACUUGGAUAUUUCAUUUAACCAAUUUGAAGUUCCACUAUCGUUCAGUCAAUUCGUCAACAAUUCAAAACUUACCUACUUGAAUGUUGGCUAUAAUACUAUAACUAGAGACGUCGAAUUCAAGAAUUGGAUCCCAAAUUUCCAGUUGCAGCUUUUUGUUAUUCGGGGAUGCAUAAACCUUCAAAAAUUGCCUUCUUUCCUUCAUUACCAGCACGACUUGAGAGUUCUCUCUAUAGACAAAAAUCAAUUGCCAGGAAAGUUUCCAACUUGGUUGUUAGAGAAUAACACCAGACUUGCAGGCUUUUAUGCUAGAGAUAAUGCUUUCAUCGGACCGUGGAAGUUGCCAUCCAGUAGUCAUCUCUGUUUAGAGGAACUUGAUGUCUCUAAUAACAAACUAAGCGGACGUGUUCCAGCAAACAUAAGUUCAGCUUUCCCAAAGCUAAAUCUUCUGAACAUGUCACAAAAUUUGCUUGAAGGUCCUAUACCUUCUGAUAUUGGCGGGUUUCAUUUAGUCACACUGGAUAUAUCUCACAACCUCUUGUCUGGAGGAGUUCCUAGCGAUCUGGCAGUUAGUUCUCCAUUGCUGAGUUACCUCCGGCUCUCAAACAAUAGGUUGUCAGGGACAAUAUUUCCAAAGGAUAUCAGACCAAGUAUACUAUUUUAUUUGUACUUGAACGGAAAUAGGUUUGAGGGACCGUUACCUAGUAACAUUUUUCUCAAACCCCUUAUUGCACUGGAUGCUAGCAGUAAUAACUUCUCUGGGGAGAUUCCAAGAUGGAUUAGAGAUAACAAAAGAUUGUUACAGCUCGAUUUAGCCAAAAAUCAUCUUGAAGGCUCGAUUCCAGUUGAGAUUUGCAAUUUGAAGUUCAUUCAAGUCUUAGCUUUGUCCGAAAACAGACUCUCAGGACCUAUUCCUUCUUGAGUGAGUGGUUUACCCCUUGAACACAUCCAUCUAGACAAAAAUCAAUUGGGCGGUGAACUUGAAGAUUCAUUUUUCAACAUAUCUCUGAUAACAUUGGAUCUUGGCUACAACAAUUUUACAGGAAACAUCCCACACACCAUAGCCUCACUUUCAAGCCUCAACUUCCUUCUCCUCAAUAAUAACCAAUUGGAUGGAGAAAUUCCAAUUCAGAUUUGUCUGCUAAACAAGUUAUCCAUCAUGGAUUUGUCUUUUAACAAGCUUUAUGGUUCGCUCCUUCCUUGUUUGGGUAACUUAAAGCAAGCGGAAAAUGAUGCAGAAACAAGUAGUGUAUAUUAUCAUGCAUCUUCCAGGAUGGCGUGGUUAGAAUUCUUGAGUUGGAUAAGUUCAACAAGGCACUACCACAUUUCAUAUGGAUUUCUAAGUGACUUCAAUAUGAUGGAUGUGGAAACCCAAGUCCAGUUUUCAACAAAAAGAAACUCGUACACUUACAAGGGAAGCAUUCUAAAAUAUAUGUCAGGUAUUGAUCUCUCAAGUAAUGGAUUAACAGGUGAAAUACCCAUUGAGCUAGGAAACCUGAGCAAAAUACAUGCAUUUAAUCUAUCGCACAACCAUAUCUUUGGAAGAAUCCCAUAUACCUUCUCAAAUUUACAUGAAAUCGAGAGUCUGGACCUAUCUCACAACAGCUUGAAUGGGACAAUUCCUGUUGGCCUACUUGAGCUGUACUCUUUGGCAAUAUUCAGCGUAGCAUACAAUAACUUAUCUGGUGCAGUACCACCAUUUAAAGCUCAAUUCUCAACUUUCGACAAAAGCAGCUAUCAGGGGAAUCUUUUGCUAUGUGGUUAUCCAUUAGACAACGAGUGUAACCGUUCUAAAUCAUCAAAUACCUCAAACAAUGGAAGCGAGGAAUCUGUAGGAUUUACGGAUACAGACCUUUUCUACAUCAGCUUUGUUGUGUUUUAUGGAGCAGUCUUGCUAGGAAUUGCUGCAGUACUCGGAAUCAAUCCUUAUUGGAGAACAGCAUGGUUUAGGCUUGUUGAGGUUUUGAUGCUCAGUUCUUACUAUUUUCUCUUAGACAAUGUUGUUACACCCAUCAAGAAUAGAUGGUGGAGGAACCUUGGAUAAUAUUUGCUCUCAUUCUUAUUGUAUGGACAAGUAGGUGAGAGGUUCAAACUCAAAAUAUGGGAAACAUAUUGUUCUUCGAUUCCUAUUA